CAUAGCUGCAUUUAGGGUAUAAUCAAGAUGACUCUGUAUUUUGACACGAAAAUUGAGUUCCUGGACUCGGAUGCAGUGAGCACCAUUAGUAGUUGGCAUCCCAGUGAGCCACUCUUUGCAGUAGCCUCAUUUAGUCCCGAAAGGGGAGGUUCUGUGACAAUUUUCGCGGAUACUGGUGAGCCGCAGCGGGAUGUAACUUAUCCGGUGCACGCCACUUCCCAGGCAACGGCAUUAUGCUGGCAUCCAGAGAAAGCGCUCCUAGCGAGCGGCUGGGAGCACGGGGACAUCCACGUGUGGUUUGCCGGUCAUAGGGAGUUCGCCAGCGUAAACGCACCGCACAAGGCUGCCAUUGUCCUGUUGCAGUUUAGCGAACAAGGCGGACGAAUGGUUACUGCGGAUGCUAUGGGGUUGGUUACCGGAUGGCGUUGCGAUGGUCAGUACCAAUUCUUAACCAUGUUCUCUCACGAUCUGCGAGAGGUGCUACUACUUAUCUGCUUCCGUCGAACGGUGGAGAGUGAAGUGCGUGAGGAGAUGGCCAGUCUUGCUAAAGCAGCGGUGGCCGGAGAUGAAAAUGCCUUGGACACCCUAACCAAUUGGAGGCCGCGUACUGCAGCCCGCAGCAUGACACACUCAGGAGUCAGGGACAACCACUGCUUUUACGCCUGCACCCAAGGAGGAGUGGUGUACUACAUCAACCAAGGGGGCGCCUGCGUCGAGGUGAUGAAGUGCGGCUCUCUACCACCCAUUGUCCAGAUGUUGUGGCACCCCAAAAAGGAUGCAGUAAUUUGUCUGAUGGAGGACUUGACCGUCACUCUCUUCUUGGUUGAAUCCACGGGUAUUCUAACUGAACUGGAUCGCGUAAAGAUGAGCGGCCGUGGAGGAGGCCGGCAGGGAGGAAUCGCCUGGUCUGGAAACUCUCUGGCCAUCAUAACAGGCGAUCUUUUUGUACGGAUUUGGGACAUCGAAAGGAGUGACAAUUACAUUCUAAAAAUGGAUCUCCCCAGCUGCAACCAGCUAGGUUCAUCCUUGGCCAGUUUGAGUAAUGCCACAGUGUCCUCGUCUAACCAGUUCUUUAGUCAUGACAGCAGCGAAAGCACCAGUGUGCCCCGCAAAACACCAAAGUUCGGUCAAAUCAAUGGAGAAGUUUUCACCUGCUUAUCUUAUAGCGCUACGGGUCAAACUCUGUGCGCAGGAACCUCCCAGGGAAAUCUAUUUACCUGGAAGAGGAGUGGCAGCAGAUUAGUAGGUGCCCCUGAAGAUGCCUGGCAGUUGACCAACAUAUCUUAUGUAAGGGGAGCCAUCCGGAGUUGCGAGUGGGGAUUCAACGAGCUCGCUAAACCCUGCAUGCUGGUGAAUUGUAUGUCCAAUGUUUAUAUGCUCAAAGAGCAACCUCUGCUGGCCGUACAUACCCGAGAACUGUGGGCAGUUCAGAGGUCUGCUAAAUCUGUACAGUUGUCGCACUGCAGCGGUCGGGAGACCAUAGUUCAAUCGGAAUUCGCUGUGACUGCCAUGGCUUUAAACGAACUGAGUCUUGUGAUGAGUAAUGGCAGAAGCAUAUCAUCAUACAGUCUGCAGAAAGUGGAGAAGAGUUUGGAUGAGUUUGAUGUGAUUCUAGAGACUGUGGAGGGUGCUCCGCCAACAACGGCAUCAACAGCAACUAAUUUAAGUGUUAAGCUUCUGCAGACCUUUUCUGCAGAAUGUUUAUCCUUGAAUCUGUAUAACCAGAACAUAUUCUGCCUGGCAAGCAGUGAUAUCAUGGUCUACUCCGUGGGAGGCGUCGUUCUCCACCGAAUACAAGCUACCGAUAUUGAAGGGAAAAUCAUCGGCAUGGAUUUGAGUGGCUGCUAUCUCUCAGUGUUUACAAUGAAUGGUUACGUGAAAGCAUACGAUGUUUCAAGGCAUGAUCCCAAACCUUUUCCCAGCAAAUCUGGCCAUGACAUCUUUGAUGAUUUCGGGGAGUUCAUCCUGGUCAAAUGCAACAGCUUGGGAAGCCAUCUGGCCAUGGUGAUAGCCAGCAGAAGUUUUACCCCAAUUUCGACUUUAUUCUGCUGGGACUUUGAGCGUAAUAAUCUUUUUGAAUAUGGCUUAGUUAAGCAAGAUUCUGGCUCUAAGAAGGAAAUAAUUUCAUCAAGCUUGCCAGUUCGAAUUUUUUGGGAUGCAGAUGAACCUCGACUCGUGGCUGUGGAGGUCAAGUCUAUGAUGCAGAAAACUCUGCUUCAGAAAAACUCUCCUCAACCCAGUCAUUUUGUUCAGUCAAAAAUAUUGCUAUUAUUUUAUUCCGAGAAAGGUUGCCUCAACAUUCUUGAAACUCAACCCAUGAGCCCAGGCUCUCUAUUACUAAACCUUUGUGUGCCCAACGUGAUACGGCUGAAGAUUAAUGCAGUGGAAGAGCAACCGCUUCAAGAUUUCGUGGAUCUACAGCAAUGCAACCCCACUACAAGGAAACAAGUCCUCAAUUUCAGUCUUUACGUUGCAGAAGGAAAUAUGGAUCUGGCUUAUCGUAGCAUUCGCUCGAUACAAUCCAAAGUGAUCUGGACCAAUCUGGCAAAGAUGUGUGUGCACACAAACCGCUUAGAUGUGGCUAAAGUGUGUAUGGGACAUUUAGAGCAAGCCCGCUCCGUUCGUGCUUUACGGCAAGCCAUUGAAGACGAUGACCUCGAAACUGAAGCCAAGGUCGCUGUUUUGGCCAUCGAACUCGGUAUGAUUGAGGAAGCCAAGGACCUUUAUCGUCGAUGCAAGCGUUUCGAUUUGCUCAACAGACUACUCCAGUCUAUAGGUCAGUUAGACGAGGCACUGCAAUUGGCCGAAACAGAGGAUCGAAUUCAUUUAAAGCACACUUACUACCAGAAGGCCCAGGAGUUGCGAGAGAAGGGUGACAUCAAGGGUGCUCUGGAAUACUUCGAAAGGACGCAGAAUCCUGCGCAAAACAUAACGCAGCUGCUAUUGGAGAAUCCAGUGGCCAUGAAGCGCUACAUCCAGACUACCAGUGAUCCUAAGCUGCUUAAAUGGUGGGGACAGUAUAUUGAGAGCUCAGGAGACAUGGAUGCUGCUUUGGCUGUUUACCACAAAGCGGAAGAUUGGUUCUCACAGGUUAAGAUCCUUUGCUAUCUAGGAAAGAUCUCUAAGGCAGACGCCAUAGCCAGGCAGUCAGGAGAUAGAGCGGCCUGCUAUCACUUAGCGAGGCACUACGAGAACGUCGGCAAGUUCCAGGAGGCGAUCAUGUUCUUUACGCGUGCCCAGACCUUUAGCAAUGCGAUCCGCAUCUGCAAGGAGAACGACUUUCAGGAAGAGCUAUGGACAGUGGCCAGCUCAUCAAGGCAGAGAGAUAAGGCCAUUGCUGCUGCUUAUUUUGAAGAGUGCGGUAACUUUAAGCAUGCGGUGGAACUUUAUCACCGUGCUGGGAUGCUUCAUAAAGCCCUUGAGAUGGCCUUUGAAUCUCAGCAGCCGGAGAUCCUGGAGAUAAUUGCUUCCGAUCUCGUGCCCGAAUCGGAUGCUGAAUUGAUCAACCGCUGUGCAGAUUUCUUCUGCAGCAUUGAGCAAUUCCAAAAGGCUGUGCACCUGCUUGCCAAGACCAGACACCUAGAACGAGCUUUGGGUAUAUGUUUGGAUAAGGGGGUUCCCAUAACGGAAGAACUCUCUGAGAUGCUCACACCGGAGAAAGGAGAGUUUGAGGAGUCUACUCGAGUCCACAUUUUGGUCCAGUUGGGUGAGCUCCUUCAGCAACAGGGUGACUACCACAGUGCUACUAAAAAGUUCACCCAGGCUGGAGACAAAAUUAGGGCUAUGAAGAGUCUUUUGAAAUCGGGCAAUACGGACAAAAUUAUUUUCUUUGCUAAUAUGUCCAGGCAACGUGAGGUGUACAUCAUGGCUGCGAACUAUCUCCAAGCGUUGGAUUGGCAAUCAGAUGCCCAGGUCCUCAAGCAUAUAGUCAGUUUUUAUACCAAGGGCCAGGCCUUUGAUUCCCUGGCUAACUUCUAUGCCAUCUGCGCUCAGAUAGAGAUUGAGGAGUUCCAGGACUACGGCAAGGCCCUAACCGCCAUGCAGGAAGCAUCAAAAUGUUUGGAGAAGCUCAGCCAUGCCCAGCACGUAUACAACAAUCUGCAGCGGACGGUAGCAGAUGUCAAGGCGAUCCUAGAAAUCCAGCAGGCUUUGCGAGAAGGCGAUCACCAAUUGGUCAUUGGAUCCUGCCGCAGCAUGCUCAUCAAGCCAGAGUUACCACCUAUUCGCCACGCACACAUCCUGUCCAUGUUGGUUCGAGCCCUGGUCUACGCCAAGGACUAUUCUGGGGCGGGAAAGGCCUUAAAAGAACUUGCCGUGAAAGACAACUCUUGGAGUGCCUCAGGACUAUUGGAUCGUGGAAUUGUUCACAAAAUCGCGCAGGAGUGUGACUUGGAUUUUGAUCUCAUUUGGAAUUCGGGACGGCAUUUAACCGCCUCCACAAGCGGUACUGCGGCAACUGGAAUGAGCAGCACAUCAGCUAUGACGACAAGUGAUGAUGACGAGGCCGAUGACGAGGAGAUCACCGAAGAGCUGCAUUAGAUGAUUCAAUGUAUGGGCAAUGCAGAGCUAGUCACGGCCAUGUUUAUUCCACAGCGAGUGUAAAAUGUAAACCUUAUAAAAAUGAUAAAUAAUUAUAUCAUAUUUCAACCGUAAAA